AUGAAAACUGUUAACAUAAUAGUUCAGUUCAAUGUUAUUAAAUAUUGGGCCAUCGUCAUCACAGCCAGAAUAUCGGAGAAAUGGACAAUAAAGUUUAUUAAUGGCAUCAUCGAAUUUGACUUCAAACUGUUUUUAUUUAAUUCGUCGUUCCCUGUUGAAUUAUAUUCAAUAAUAUUGGUUACAUCACUUUAUUAUCUCAGUAACCUGGGGUACCGAUUUUGUGAAUUGAAUAGAUUAUGGAAAUGCUUACCUUUUGGGUUGAUCGCUUUGCCAGGUGGAUUGACCAAUUCAGAGAUAACAAUAUUAGUAGAACGUAUACGUUUGUUGCAUGCUGAACUUUCUGAGUUGCUUAGAUUGUUUAGUUUGGGUUACGGACCUAUCUUAUUGAUAUAUUUUACAUUUACAUUCAGCAAUGCUUUACUCGAAACAUUUCUUAUUACAAUAUAUAACGAUUCAAAAGAAUAUAGUUUGCUUCCAUUUAUAUUCUACCUACAGCACAUUUUCCACAUGACUUCAAUCCUCUACAUCACCUCGUGGGUCAUUGAAAAGAAAAAAAAAAUUAUUUCAUAUUUGCGAUUGGUCCGAAUUUCUGAAAUGACUGUCCAUACCAAGUUACAAAUUAAAAUGUUCAUGCAACAGAUAUCAGUUUAUGAACCAAAUGAAUUCACAGCCUUUGGAUUCUUCAAUUUCGAUUUAAAAUUAACGAUGUCAAUUUUAGUAUUAUUGAUUUCUGGGAUUUCUACUAUGCUCCAAAUGAAAGACCACCCAUUGAUGUUGUACUUGAAGAACUCAUUGAAAGAAAGAAAUCGUGAUGUUAAUUAA